AAUUUUUCAAUUGCAAAACAAAAACAAAAAGAAGAGAGAAAAACGGAGAGAAAAAAGUUUUAUGUCGUAAACACAGGAAGAAAAAGGUUCUUCUGUUUUUCUGAAAGUCCUCUUUUCUCUGAUCACCCCACAAAAAAUUUGUUUCAAAGUUUCGAACUUUGGCCAAAAUGGGUUCCGAGCUUCGCCGGUGGCGGUGGUGGUGCGCCGUCUUCGUCGGAAUGUUGGCCGUGACCUUAACUUCUUCCGAACAACAACAACAAACGGUGUCUCGAAUUGCCUUCGGAUCAUGUUCCAACCAAAGUGCACCUCAGCCCAUUUGGGAUGCUGUGGUGGACUUCCAUCCCCAGGUUUUUAUAUGGCUUGGUGAUAAUAUUUAUGGAGACAUCAAACACCCUUUUAAACUAUUUGGACGGGAAAGGACUAUUGGACCGUGGAAGAAUGUUCCGCGAUUUGUUCCUUCCUCUGAGCAGGAGAUGGAGGCUAAAUACAAGAAGGCUAAGUCUCACCCUGGCUACACUCGACUUCGUCAGAAUGCUAAGGUUAUUGGAACAUGGGACGAUCAUGAUUAUGGAUUAAAUAAUGCAGGAAAAGAGUUUGAUCGGAAAGUAACCAACCAAAAGUUACUUCUUGAUUUCUUAGAUGAACCUCAAGAUAGCCCGAGGCGGAAACAGGCUGGUGUAUACACCUCAUAUACAUAUGGUUCUGCAGGUAGAGAUGUCAAGAUUGUCCUCUUGGAUGCCAGAUACCAUAGGGACCCUGUAGGAAGUUAUGGAACCAUGUUGGGUGAUUCACAAUGGUCAUGGUUUGAGAAAGAACUAAAGGGUCCUCCAACAGCCAUUACCAUCAUUGCAUCUUCUGUUCAGGUUAUACCAAAUCAUACAGCAAUCACUCUGCCAUUCUUUGAUAUGGAAUCAUGGACUCGUUACCCGAAGGAAAGAGAUCACCUUUUCAAAUUAAUUGCAGACAGUAAGAGGAGUGGAGUAUUCUUCAUAAGUGGAGAUGUUCACUUUGGGGAAAUCUCAAGAUAUGACUGCGCCGGGGAUUAUCCGCUAUAUGAAGUAACCUCAAGUGGGAUUACUCAAUCAGUUGAAGGGACUCUGCCGGAUUUCUUCCAUUUUGUUGUGAGAUUUGUGUCAUGGUUGGUCCCAUCCACAAUGAGGGUGAAGGACAAAAACUGCAGAUACAAAUCUUGUAUAUAUGGCCAGCCGAACUUUGGAGCUAUUGAAAUAAACUGGGAAUCUCAACCAGUAACUCUGAAGUUGGAAAUCAGGGACAAGAAUGGCCGUCCUGUUUCAGGCGUCAACACUUCAUUAAGAGAACUACAGGCAUCAAAUUCACAGACUUGUUCCACAGAGAAAGCUGCUGGAUGUAACUGCACUCCUGAAUCUAGUCUUCCAUGGAUUGUCAGAUAUCGCCUCGCUAUUCUAGUUUUUGUCUCCUUAGCUUUAUUGCUUCUUGUAUUGGUACUGCUUCUAUAUGCUGUUAUCAAAAUCGCCCGACAAGGAAUCUGCAGCAAAAGGAAGCCCGAUUGAUCGACACGCAUAGUGUUGCAUACACAGCCCACAAAAGGGAGAAUGUGUAACACUUCUUAACCUCUGCAUAAUUAAUUAACAUCAGUCAUUAUAGAUCAAUAAGAUGUAUAGGGUAGUAUUCUUAUGCUGUUUCCAUUAAUGAAUUAAUCCUAAAUGAAAACAGCUUAUAGUUUAAGUUAUUAGUGAAAUUUUAGUUAUUUUC